AAAAAUCUAAAAAGAGCAUGUUUGUGAAGAAUCCACAAAAGUUCAAAAAAGUAGUAAUCACUAAUCAAUGGUUCCAUAUGAUAUCAUUCCAUUCCAAAUAAAAAAGCAUCAACUUGCAUUCCCAUUCCCACCAAUCUACCCACAGUUUCAUUUCAUCAAAACCCCUUAUCCUUUACCCUAACAAACACACACUCUGUUUUUACUUCUCUGCCAUGUCUACUAGUACUGAUCCAAACCUAGAAGCAAAGUAUGCCCUUAACAGCAAGGUCAUGAUAGGAUCUUCCAUCCUUCUCUUCAUACUCAUACUCAUCAUCCUUCUCUUUCGCACUUACGUUUACAUCUGCCACCUUCGCAGCCGUCGUCUAUUCUCUCAAGAUUCUGUUACAACCACCACUUUCAAAGAAGAACGCCUUGACCCUUCCGUUCUAAAGUCGCUUCCAACAUUUACUUACUCCUCCUCCUCCUCCGCAACCGGUCGUACUCUCCAUGACUGCGCUGUCUGCUUGUCGGAGUUCACCGACGGUGAUGAAUGCCUUACGCUUCCAAACUGUAACCAUGAUUUUCAUUCCCUGUGUGUUGAACCGUGGUUUGCUUCUCAUUCUAAUUGCCCUCUUUGUCGAGCUCCGGUCCAACCGGCGAAGGUUCAGUCUUACACUGAAACGUGUACUGUUUUAGGUUCAGGAGAACCGGGCGAGGGUUGUUCUAAUUUUCCUGAACCGGUUUGGUGUCCAAGAAAGCCGUUUAGUGUAAUUGUAGAGUUACCACCAGAGGUGGUGCGGGUCGGAUCUUGUACCCGAAGAUAAGAUUCACUAUUGGUGAUCAUUGCAUUAAGAUUGAAAGAUAAAUGACACGAUGAUUGAAUUGAUGACAUGGCUACUUAUUAUGCAAAAAUGAAACACCACUGCAUUGGGCUGAAUAAUAGGAGGAAAAGAAUAUGUUAGACCUAUUUUGGAGAAUUGUAUAAUUUUUUGGCAUUUUUGUGUAUAAAUUAUAGAUAGAAUCUCAUCUCAACUCAAAUCUCAAUCAUGUCUUGCCUCAACCAGUGGAAAUUUGGGAUUUCGGGAUCUCACCACCUAAACCCCCAAGGGAGGGGGACAGGUGGUGAUUAUAUAUAUAAGUUGAUAUGCUUAAAGCUCUAUUAGACAUUUUGCAAUAAAAAGGUGCUUUAUAGUUUCUACUUAA